UCGAUAGGCCCAGCCCCAGUAAACUGGGACACGAGACGGCUCUGAGGUGAAGCUGCAAAUAUAUAUAUAUAAAUCUGAAUAAAAACAUCCACUGAAGAGGAGUGCAUUUUUCAUUAGAUGGAGGGAAUCUGUGAGGAUGUUGAACGCCCUAAAUCUGCCGUCUACAAACCUUCAACGAGUCAGACAGGAACGAGAUGCCUUCAUGGAGUUGUGAUCUGUCUGGGGCUGUUGAGCGUUUUCCUGGUUGCUGGACUCAUCGGCCUCGGUGUCAACUGUUAUUACCUAACUGAGCAACUUCAGGCUUCCACAAAUCAGCUUUCUGUCAUGAACUCCAGCCUCGGUGAACUGACUAAAGAGCUCAACAAAGUCCAGAUUCGGGAGGCAAAGAGAGUGAAAUGUUGCCCUGAAGGAUGGAAGCGGUUUAAAGACUCCUGUUACAUCCUCUCCAUCGACUUAGGUUCGUGGACAGAAGCUAGACAAGACUGCAUAGACAGGGAAGCAGAUCUCGUUGUUGUGAACGACGCUGAAGAACAGAGGUUCUUCUGCAACUUCACCAAAGUGGAAACAUGGAGUUGGAUUGGUUUGACCAAAAGAGAAACUGAGGGAACCUGGAAAUGGAUGGAUGGAACUUCACUGAAUCUAAGGUUCUGGGAGACGGGGCAGCCUGAUAACGGUGGCAAGUUUCCACAGUGGGAUAAAGAAGACUGUGCGUAUAUCAAAAGUGGCAGGAGCACAGAGGAAAACUGGAACGACUGGUCAUGUGAUGCCUCUAUGAGAUGGAUCUGUGAGAAAAUGCUUUAGGUGUGUAGCAUAUUUACUGUACAUGCAUUUAGAUCCAACAAUUUAUCGUCUUGUCACUGCACACCAAAGAACCACAAAACCCCUGCUUCCUUGUUCUUUGUUCCUGUAUUUUGUAAAGCUCUUUUGUUGGUGUUUCAUGUCCUGCUUCACUUCCUGUCUGUGUUUUCCCUCCGAUUGUGAUUGGUUUCUCAAUGUGUUCCUCUCUCCUUAGUUUCACCUGUGUGUGUAUAUAGUCCUGUCUUUCCGUUGUCUGAUUAGUUUGGUGUAUGUUGUUACCUUUAUUGAAAUUGUCUCCAGUUCCCUUUGAGUUUCAUCUAGUUUCUAUAUUUUUUUUUUUUUUUUUUUUUUUUUUUUGCAAACCCUGCAGGCUGCAGCACUUCUUGUUCCAGACUUUGUAAGUGUAAAUAAAGUGUUUUUUAUUCACUUUUCUUCCGUCUGUGUUUGGGUCCUUCGUCCUCACCAGACCAGAACUCAACAACACUUACAUAGUUAAUGUGGGUUCAAAGUGCAGAAUCUCCUAUAUGUAUAUAUAUAUAUCAGCCGCAAUACAUAUCAGCGGUCAAACACUUGUCCAGGAGUUUCAUGUGGUUAAAGUUUUGGUUCCAAUGCCACUCAAUGAAACAAUUGUAUCAUUUAUUCAUGUAUUGAUUCAUACUUUAUUUAUUGCAAUUCAAUAAACUGACAUAGUAAAUAUCAACAUAA